AUGGAGCAUUUUGCGUUUCCAGGCAACAUAGCCUUUGCAGUUGAUGACUAGCGCAUUUUCACCUAUUAUUCAUGAAAGGCUCAUGUGUUGUUUAUUCAUCUAUGAAACAAUGUUUACAAUCGGUGAAUCACGAGCAAUUUCCGAUUAACAUAACACAGAACGGCAAGCACAAUAAGUGGCCGGAAAUCUUCAAUUUUCAACCGAAACUCCUCUGGAGAAUGCCGACUAAAAUUCAUCGCAAGCGGGGAAGACGACAACAACAUGAAGCCGCGCACAAAGCACAGAGAACAUCGCUUAGCACAGCGAAGGCAACGUCGUCAACACAGCGACCGCAAACAUGUACAGAGGCAGCGGCAAAACACUACAAUUACACUGCCAAUGGAGCCGAUGAAGAGAGGGAACACCGACUGCCGACGCUUCAAAAAGCGAUGGGGAGAUCAGGCAACGCUUACAGUUUACAGCAAAAUUAU